AUGGCCCGCCCCCAUACGGAGCACCCCCUGGAGGGCCGCAGUUUGCGCCACCGCCGCCAGGCUACCCUGCAGCAGGCUACGGCACCCAAGCCACCCCCGCAGGGCAACUUUGAUGGGUACGAUCAGGAGGCCGCGCAGGCGGCUGCCUAUGCAGCAGCCUUUGCGGAGGGCCAAGUCCGGAAGGGCUUUGUGCGCAAGGUCUUCCUCCUCGUCUUCCUGCAGCUCUGCGUCACGAUUGGUGUUGCUUCCUGCUUCAUUUUCGUGGAUGCCGUCAGGGAGUAUGUGCGCCCUGGAGGGGAUGGCCAGUGGGUGUUCAUUGUCAGCUGGAUCACCUCGCUGGUCAUGAUGAUUGCCAUCAUGUGCUCCAAAACCCUGCGCCGAAAGCACCCGUGGAACCUGCUGGCCCUGGUGGUGUUCACACUGGUGAUGUCGGUGCUGGUGGGCACCAUCUGUGCGUACUGGCAAACUUCAGUGGUGUUGGAGGCUUUCGCUGUGACUGGCGCGGCGGUGGCGGGCCUGACCCUGGUCGCCGUGUUUGGCAAGUUUGACAUCACCAAGAAGGGCCACAUCUUGGCCAUGGCGGGCGGCGUCACCUUCAUGGUCCUGCUCGUCACCAUGCUAGUGGGCUUCUUCUAUGUGUACGACAUCCAGAUGGUCAUGGGCGGCAAGGCCUACGCCAUCUCCCCCGACGAAUACGUGUUCGCCUCGGUCCAGAUCUACAUGGACGUCAUAAUCAUCUUUUUGCAGGCAAGCCAUGAAUGA